AUGGCUGCGUUUGGGGAGGCAGCUCCUUACCUCCGAAAAUCAGAAAAGGAGAGAAUCGAGGCCCAGAACAGGCCUUUUGAUGCCAAGUCAUCUGUCUUUGUGGUGCAUCCUAAGGAAUCCUUUGUGAAAGGGACAAUCCAGAGCAGGGAGGCCGGGAAGGUCACUGUCCAGACUGAAGGGGGAGAGACCUUGACUGUGAAGGAAGAUCAAAUCUUCUCCAUGAACCCCCCCAAGUAUGAUAAAAUCGAGGACAUGGCCAUGAUGACCCACCUCCAUGAACCCGCUGUGCUGUACAACCUCAAAGAGCGUUAUGCAGCCUGGAUGAUCUACACCUACUCGGGUCUCUUCUGUGUCACCGUCAACCCCUACAAGUGGCUGCCGGUGUACAACCCGGAGGUGGUGUUGGCCUACCGAGGCAAGAAGCGCCAGGAGGCCCCUCCACACAUCUUCUCCAUCUCUGACAACGCCUAUCAGUUCAUGCUGAAUGAUCGCGAGAACCAGUCGAUCCUGAUCACCGGAGAAUCCGGUGCCGGGAAGACUGUGAACACCAAGCGUGUCAUCCAGUACUUUGCAACAAUUGCAGCCAGUGGGGAGAAGAAGAAGGAGGAGCAGUCUGGCAAAAUGCAGGGAACGCUUGAGGAUCAAAUCAUCAGCGCCAACCCGCUGCUGGAGGCCUUUGGGAACGCCAAGACCGUGAGGAACGACAACUCCUCACGCUUUGGCAAAUUCAUCAGAAUCCACUUUGGAGCUACAGGCAAACUGGCUUCUGCUGACAUUGAAACCUAUCUGCUGGAGAAGUCCAGAGUCACUUUCCAGCUCAAGGCAGAAAGAAGCUACCACAUCUUUUAUCAGGUCACUUCCAACAAGAAGCCCGAGCUAAUUGACAUGCUCCUCAUCACCACCAACCCUUAUGAUUUCCACUACGUGAGUCAAGGUGAGGUCACUGUUCCCAGCAUUGAUGACCAAGAGGAGCUGAUGGCUACAGAUAGUGCCAUUGACAUCCUGGGCUUCACUGCUGAUGAGAAAACAGCCAUCUACAAGCUGACAGGGGCUGUCAUGCACUAUGGCAACCUGAAGUUCAAGCAGAAGCAACGAGAGGAGCAGGCAGAGCCUGAUGGCACAGAAGUUGCUGACAAGGCUGCCUACCUGAUGGGUCUGAACUCAGCAGACCUGCUCAAGGCCCUGUGUUAUCCUCGAGUCAAAGUUGGGAAUGAAUACGUGACCAAAGGUCAAACUGUGGAGCAGGUGAACAAUGCAGUGGGUGCUCUGGCAAAGGCUGUCUAUGAGAGGAUGUUCCUGUGGAUGGUUGUUCGUAUCAACCAACAGCUGGAUACUAAGCAGCCCAGACAGUACUUCAUUGGUGUCCUGGACAUUGCUGGCUUUGAGAUCUUUGAUUUCAACAGCUUUGAGCAGCUGUGCAUCAACUUCACCAAUGAGAAACUGCAACAGUUCUUCAACCACCACAUGUUCGUGCUGGAGCAGGAGGAGUACAAGAAGGAGGGAAUUGAAUGGACAUUCAUUGACUUUGGGAUGGACCUGGCUGCCUGCAUUGAGCUCAUUGAGAAGCCCAUGGGCAUCUUCUCCAUCCUGGAAGAGGAGUGCAUGUUCCCCAAGGCAACUGACACCUCUUUCAAGAACAAGCUCUAUGACCAACAUCUGGGCAAAUCCAGUAACUUCCAGAAGCCCAAACCUGCCAAAGGCAAGGUUGAGGCCCACUUCUCUCUGGUGCACUAUGCUGGCACAGUGGACUACAACAUCACUGGCUGGCUGGAGAAGAACAAGGACCCUCUGAAUGAAACUGUCAUUGGGUUGUACCAGAAAUCAUCAGUGAAGACCCUGGCCUUACUCUUUGCCAACUAUGGUGGAGCAGAUGCAGGUCAGCUCUAUGCUGGUGGUGGCAAGAAGGGUGGCAAGAAGAAGGGUUCUUCUUUCCAGACUGUCUCAGCUCUCUUCCGGGAGAAUUUAAACAAGCUGAUGACCAAUCUGCGCAGCACCCACCCUCACUUUGUACGAUGCAUCAUCCCAAAUGAAACUAAAACACCUGGUGCCAUGGAGCAUGAGCUGGUGCUGCAUCAGCUGCGGUGCAACGGAGUGCUGGAAGGGAUCAGAAUUUGCAGGAAAGGAUUCCCCAGCAGAGUCCUGUAUGCUGACUUCAAGCAGAGAUACAGAGUGCUUAAUGCAAGUGCUAUUCCAGAAGGGCAGUUCAUGGAUAGCAAGAAGGCUUCAGAAAAGCUUCUUGGGUCCAUUGAUGUGGACCACACCCAGUACAGAUUUGGUCACACUAAGGUGUUCUUCAAAGCUGGGUUGAUAGGUCUGCUGGAGGAGAUGAGAGAUGAGAAACUAGCCGAGAUUAUGACCAUGACACAAGCCAGGUGCAGGGGCUUCCUGAUGAGAGUGGAGUAUCGGAAAAUGGUGGAGAGGAGGGACUCCAUCUUCUGCAUCCAGUACAACGUUCGUGCAUUCAUGAAUGUCAAGCACUGGCCCUGGAUGAAGCUGUUCUUCAAGAUCAAGCCCUUGCUGAAGAGUGCAGAGUCAGAGAAGGAGAUGGCCAACAUGAAACAAGAGUUUGAGAAAACCAAGGAAGAGCUUGCAAAGUCUGAGGCCAAGAGGAAGGAGCUGGAGGAGAAAAUGGUGGUCUUACUGCAGGAGAAAAAUGACCUGCAGCUCCAAGUGCAGGCGGAAGCAGACAGCUUGGCUGAUGCUGAGGAAAGGUGUGACCAGCUCAUCAAAACCAAAAUCCAGCUGGAAGCCAAAAUUAAGGAGGUGACGGAAAGGGCUGAGGAUGAGGAGGAAAUUAAUGCUGAGCUGACAGCCAAGAAGAGGAAACUGGAGGAUGAGUGUUCAGAGCUGAAGAAAGAUAUUGAUGACCUUGAGCUAACACUGGCCAAGGUUGAGAAGGAAAAGCAUGCCACUGAAAACAAGGUGAAAAACCUCACAGAGGAGAUGGCAGCCCUGGACGAGACCAUUGCCAAGCUGACCAAAGAGAAGAAAGCCCUCCAAGAGGCCCAUCAGCAGACACUGGAUGACCUGCAGGUAGAAGAGGACAAAGUCAACACUCUGACCAAAGCAAAGAUCAAGCUGGAGCAGCAAGUGGACGAUCUGGAAGGAUCCCUGGAGCAGGAGAAGAAACUGCGCAUGGACCUUGAGAGAGCUAAGAGGAAGCUUGAAGGAGACCUGAAGCUGGCCAAUGACAGCAUCAUGGAUUUGGAAAAUGAUAAGCAGCAGCUGGAUGAGAAACUGAAGAAGAAAGACUUUGAGAUCAGCCAGAUCCAGACAGCCAGCAGGGAAGCUCCAAAGCUGGGCUUGUCGUUGCAGGUGCGGGAGCUGGAAGGGGAGGUUGAUGCUGAGCAGAAGCGCAGCGCUGAAGCCGUGAAGGGUGUGCGCAAGUACGAGAGGAGGGUGAAGGAGCUGACCUACCAGUCUGAGGAAGACCGGAAGAAUAUUCUGCGGCUGCAGGACCUGGUGGACAAGCUGCAAAUGAAGGUGAAAUCCUACAAGAGACAAGCUGAGGAGGCUGAGGAAUUGUCCAACGUCAACCUCUCCAAGUUCCGCAAGAUCCAGCACGAGCUGGACGAAGCCGAGGAGCGGGCUGACAUUGCAGAGUCACAGGUCAACAAGCUCCGGGCCAAGAGCAGGGAGUUUCAUGGCAAGAAGAUAGAAGAGGAAGAGUGA